CGGGGUUCCAUUCUUUCUCUCGGUGGUUAGCCGAGGCUCCGGUCAGAGGCCGGCUGACACAUAAAGGCCCAUCUGCAGCAGGUCAAGCAAACCUUAGGACCUGAUAUUCCAUGGACAUUUCAAGUCAUUCGGAAGUAUGGAGGAGCAUACAUGCCAGGCUGAUCCUGACAAGAAUUUGUUUACUACAUGUUUUCAAUCUCAUGAAUGGGAAAACUCUGCUUUAGAUUUAUUAAAAAGCCACAGCCAAGAUGGGAUGUGUAAUGCCAAGAUGUCCCCACCAGGAGAAAGAUAUGGGACACCUCAUAACAGCAGCACAAAUAUAGACAUUGAUAAAUACUUAGUUGCUGAUGUUCUUCCCGCUAAGUAUAAAUGCAAUACUAAGAAACCAGGUCAAAGAAUGUGCAGAACUUGGUCAGGACAUAGGCAAUAUGUGUGUCUGGACUGUGGAAAGAGUUUUACCCAUAGUUCAACUCUUGCAACACACCAGAGAACUCACACAGGAGAGAAACCCUAUGUUGGGGUGUUGCUCCAGUUAUGGCCGGUUACUAAGACCCCAGUAGCACAGUGUGGACGGUGUCUUCAGGUCACCCCUGAGAUGGACAACAAGGGAUUCCGCCGCCCCAGCCUCAGCAGUUUUCAAGGCAGCACAAGCGAUGAAGAUAUGGUUGAGAUUACGGACGCCACCUUGGACUUCACCAUGUCUGAUGAUGUUCCACCUAUUGACCGAGAGAUUGCAGAAGGUUUUACUGCAUACAAUGGGAAUGGCUUACAUGGCUCAAGCAAUGUGAUGGACUUCCUGGAGGUGCCUGGAGUUGGGACAUACGAAGACUUUAACACUAUUGACUGGGUGCGGGAGAAGUCCAGAGACAGGGAUCGGCACCGAGAGAUCCUGAGUAAAAGUAAAGAGUCAACGUGGGCUCUCCUGCACAGUGUCGUUGAUGCAUUUUCUGGGUGGUUAUUGAUGUUGCUGAUCGGCCUUUCUGCAGGGUCCUUAGCCGGUCUCAUUGACAUAUCCUCUCACUGGAUGACGGAUCUAAAGGAUGGCAUUUGUGUAAAGUGGUUUUGGUUUAACCAUGAGCAGUGCUGUUGGACGUCCACUGAAGUGACCUAUGAGGACAGAAAUAACUGUCCAGAGUGGAGGACCUGGUCUCAGCUCAUCAUUGGCCAGUCUGAGGGAGCUUUUCCCUACAUAUUGGAUUACCUCAUGUAUACUCUGUGGGCUCUUUUUUUCUCUCUGCUCGCGGUUUUGUUGGUUCGCAACUUUGCUCCAUAUGCCUGUGGCUCUGGUAUCCCUGAGAUUAAAACUAUCCUGAGCGGCUUUAUUAUUCGUGGAUACCUGGGAAAGUGGACGCUGAUGAUCAAGACUAUAACGCUGGUACUGGCGGUCUCUUCUGGUCUCAGUUUGGGAAAGGAAGGACCCUUGAUUCACGUGGCAUGCUGUUGUGGUAACAUUUUGUGCCAUCGUUUCACCAAGUAUCGUAAAAAUGAAGCUAAGAGAAGAGAGGUGCUGUCUGCAGCAGCGGCUGCCGGAGUGUCUGUGGCUUUUGGUGCCCCCAUCGGAGGAGUCCUUUUCAGCUUGGAGGAGGUGAGUUAUUAUUUCCCACUGAAGACUCUUUGGAGGUCGUUCUUUGCUGCGUUGGUAGCAGCUUUUACAUUACGUUCCAUUAACCCUUUUGGAAAUAGCCGCUUAGUCCUCUUUUAUGUCGAGUUUCACACUCCUUGGCAUCUUCUAGAGCUCAUCCCAUUCAUUCUUCUGGGAAUAUUUGGAGGCUUGUGGGGUGCUUUCUUCAUUCGAGGAAAUAUUGCCUGGUGCCGCAGAAGAAAGACCACUAAACUGGGUCGCUAUCCUGUGGCGGAGGUCCUCAUUGUCACAGCCAUCACUGCCAUUAUAGCGUUCCCUAAUGAGUACACGCGGACAAGUUCUAGUGAACUGAUAUCGGAGCUCUUCAAUGACUGUGGAUUACUGGAUUCAUCGAAACUUUGUGACUACAACAACGACUUCAACAGCACAAAUGUGGGCAACCUGCCAGAUCGUUCAGCCCGUAGUGGAGUCUACACAGCAUUGUGGCAGCUGUCCUUAGCUUUGAUCUUUAAAGCUGUUAUCACCAUCUUCACGUUUGGCAUGAAGGUACCUUCUGGACUUUUCAUUCCAAGCAUGGCUGUGGGUGCUAUAAUGGGAAGACUCAUGGGAGUGUGUAUGGAGCAGCUGGCAUUCUAUCAUCAUGACUGGGCUAUCUUCAAGGGAUGGUGUAGUCAGGGAGCAGACUGCAUUACUCCAGGUCUUUAUGCUAUGGUAGGAGCUGCUGCUUGUCUAGGUGGAGCCACCCGCAUGACUGUCUCACUAGUAGUCAUCAUGUUUGAAUUGACCGGCGGACUGGAGUACAUUGUGCCUUUAAUGGCUGCGGCUAUGACCAGCAAGUGGGUGGCAGAUGCUUUAGGAAGGGAGAGUAUCUAUGAUGCCCAUAUCCGCUUGAAUGGUUACCCUUUUCUGGAGGCCAAAGAAGAGUUCAGCCAUAAAACUCUUGCAAUGGAUGUAAUGCGCCCACGACGUAAUGACCCAACAUUGACCGUUCUCACUCAAGAUAAUAUGGCUGUGGCUGACAUCGAGGCAGCAAUUACUGAAACAACAUAUAGUGGCUUCCCUGUCGUGGUUUCUCAGGAGUCUCAGAGGCUUGUGGGUUUUGUGUUGAGACGAGACGUUAUCAUCUCCAUUGAUAGUGCAAGGAAGAAACAAGAUGGCAUAGUGAGUGCUUCCAGGAUUUACUUCACAGAACAUACUCCACCGCAGCCCCCUACUGCGCCGCCCAGCUUAAAUCUCCGCAGUAUUAUGGACCUCAGUCCUUUCACAAUCACAGACCAGACACCGAUGGAGAUUGUGAUUGACAUUUUCCGCAAGCUCGGACUCCGCCAGUGCCUGGUAACACAUAAUGGGAGAUUAUUGGGCAUUAUAACAAAGAAGGAUGUUCUCAAGCACAUAGCACAAAUGGCCAAUCAAGAUCCAGACUCUAUUCUGUUCAACUGAACCUGUAUUCAUGUAACCCUGGAUCCUGGGAAGCCAUAUCUCUUGUACUUUAUGGUGUAAUUUACACCUUUGGACUGUGAAGAGAGAGGUGUCUUGCUUCAAGCAUUGGAGCUACCGGCACUUUAUUUUGGAUUGUUUCAUUAUGACAGCAAAUUGCCUUCCGUGCAGGUCUCUGUGGAUGCUGUCGCCUGCCCUUGUCUGCAUUGAGUUGGCCCCAUGGGGCUUAGCUGCGGCUCUUUGUGUGCUGUCUGUUUAUUGGAUGCACCUAGCUGAAAACUAAGGAAAAAAGGACAGAAGCUGAAAUGGUAAAAGGAGAACUUGAGCAGACUAUGCACCCUCUGUUAUGUUCUAUAUUUAUUCAUCUUUGUCUGUAAAGGUCAAUUAAUAUCACUGUAUGCAACAAUGAAGGAGGACUUCAUACAAGUAUUCUGUGCCAAGAAAUAUGUGACGAUAAUACCACUUACCCAGCCUUAUUCUACUGGUAUACCUGCGGGUACAGCUGACUGUAUUCAUUUCUAUGUAUAACGUGUUCUCAUUUCUACUUACUCUAUGUAAACUUCUGUCUCAGAGAAGCUCACAUUAUCUCUACUGAAUCUGGUCGCUCUCCAUUGCUGUUUCAUCAUGUGACGCUGUGUAUUUUCUAGCAGAUUUCAACUUAACUUAACUUGUCUUUUCUAAUGAAACUAGAUCCUUAAAUUAUAGAAUGAGCAUAUAUUCUCAACCAGACAGAAAAAUUAUGAAGAAAGAUUGCUUUUUCUUUAUUAGCCACUUGAUCAACCGGCAAUCUCCCAUCUGACAAUACUGUCGAUAAAUCUUUUGUAAGCCACACUAAUAAAACUAAAAAAAAGAA